UAGUUGCUCAAGCUCUGCAAGCGUUCCAAGACCUGGCCAUCCCACUUUCUGGUCUAAAUAUCUACCAAUGCGCCGGUUCUAUGCCAGAUCGUCGCUGCAUACACUAGAAGACACGAUGGAAGGUAGCAUCGUCGUACCUAAUGGAUGGCAAAGACCCCGGAGUCAUCUAUCCGGCAUCUCUGCUGUUUGCUCUCAAAUUCGGCAACUUCCUCCCUAAUGUUUCUUCCGGCUGCAUGACUCUUGGGAAUGGCAUCUCCGAUGUUCACUACACCCCACGAGUCAACAUUAUCCGUGUCCAGAUGUCGACCUCGCGAUCCCGCUCCCCUGUGGCGUUCUCGGAGGAAACCCUGGUCUUCUACCAGCUAAACGUUUCAUAUCAGUCACGGAACGUGCCUUCGCUGGUGUUAUCCGCUGUCGGGAGCCUGUAUCGGGCUAAGGUCUUCUUCACGUGGGAUACCAAUGUGCCAUCGACCAUCGAGAUUCGGUGAUGAUGGCUCAAAUGGGUUUGCUGGACGCGUGUAGGUAGAAGAGAGCAAUCGAAAGCACAGAAACAAUCGUACGAAGUUGUGAAGCUGACCACCGCAAUACAA